UGAGAGCGUGUCUGGUGAGAGGCGGAUCGCUUGGUUGGAGCGCUUCCCUUCGCUGGGCUGCUGCGCGGCUCUCUUGCACCUCCAGAGAAAGGCGGGGUGAGUCUAUCCGGUCUAUCCCAAGCCCUGUCUAAAAACGGACUCCUUCGGACAUCUGAGAAGGAAAAAAAACUCCGGGGCUGGAGCAAAGGCUUGUUCAGAGGGAAACGCGUGUUGAGACCAUUAAUAUCUGAGACCAUUACGCACGGAGUUCAGAUACAGGAUUGACCGAGUCCUUCACGUUAAUGACAAUUUAGUUUAAUCACUUUAAAAAAAUACAGUGAUAGAAUCAUUUAGAAUAGAAAUAUUAGUUUGUUACAGAGGUAAAUUGCAAGAUUUCUAAAAACUCAAAGAUCUAUCGACAAUUCAAAAGGACAUUUCCAAGGAACCAUGAAGGAAUUAUCAACUUUCUGCCACAGGGUGACUCUGGUUGCUCUACUUCUAACAACUGUCUCAGCUACCAAGACGAAUGUACCACGACUCAGACUUUCAUACAAAGACCUCGUGGCCACCAACCGGUCCUCUAUCUUCAGUGGGCAUGACGGUCAGCUCUCUCUGACCGCUGUAUUUCUGGACGAGUACCAUGACCGUCUGUUCCUGGGGGGAAAAGACGUCCUCUACUCCCUGAGACUGGACCAUACCAACCCGGACUCCAAAGAGAUCUACUGGCCUCCGUUGCCUGGUAACAAAGAUGACUGUGUCCAGAGAGGGAAGGAUUCUCAGACGGAGUGUGGCAACUUUGUGCGCCUGCUGCAGCCCUAUAACCGCACCCACCUGCUGGCCUGUGGUACGGGUGCCUUCCAGCCCAUGUGUGCCUACGUGUACGUGGGCCACCGUGGAGAGCAUGUUUUCACCAUGGACCCUACCAAUGUGGAGAACGGACGGGGGAAGGUUCCUCACGACCCCAGCCUCCCCUUUGCGAGCACCUUUAUUGGUGGGGAGCUUUACACAGGGCUGACUGCAGACUUCCUGGGUAGAGACUCAGUGAUCUUCCGUAGUCUGGGAGGUCGCUCCACCAUGAGGACUGAGACGGACCAGAAACUACUGCACGAUCCUAAGUUUGUUGCGGCCCACCUCAUCCCUGAUAACGAUGACCGUGACAAUGACAAGGUGUACUUCUUCUUCACGGAGAAGGCCAUGGAGGCCGGAGACAGGGAGGGAGCCAUCCACACCCGCGUGGGACGAGUAUGUGCGAAUGACGCAGGUGGACAGAGAGUUCUGGUGAAUAAAUGGAGCACCUUCAUCAAGGCCAGGCUGGUGUGUUCUGUACCCGGGCCUCAUGGAAUCAACACACACUUCGACGAGCUGGAGGGUAUUUUCCUGCUCAAAGGCAAGGAUGAGAAGAACCCAGAUGUUUACGCCAUCUUCAGCACCAUCAGUAACGUGUUCCAGGGCUUUGCAGUGUGCGUGUAUCGUAUGGCAGACAUCCGGGAAGCCUUCAAUGGGCCGUUUGCGCACAAGGAGGGACCUGACUACCAGUGGGGGGCUUACGAGGGCAGAGUGCCCUAUCCAAGACCUGGGGUGUGCCCCAGUAAAAUAACCAACCAGCCUGGCAGACAGUUUGGCAGUACCAAGGACUUCCCAGACACAGUGCUUCAGUUUGCCCGGGGGCACCCCUUGAUGUGGCGCCCGGUGUACCCAGCCAUGAGGCAGCCUGUGCUGAUCAAGGCCAACGUGCCCUACCGCCUCAAACAAAUCGUGGUGGACCGCGUGGAGGCUGAGGACGGACAGUAUGACGUCAUGUUCAUAGGCACAGACACAGGCACGGUGCUGAAGGUCAUCGCCCUGCGCAACGGCAACUCUCUGGACACAGAGGAGGUCACUCUGGAGGAGCUGCAGGUCUUUAAGGUGCCAACUCCCAUUACCUCUUUGGACAUCUCAGUAAAAAGGCAAGCACUGUUCGUGGGUUCUCCAUUGGGUGUGGCUCAGCUGAGGCUCCACAGGUGUGAGACGUAUGGGAAGGCCUGUGCUGAGUGCUGCCUGGCCAGAGACCCCUACUGCGCCUGGGACGGCACCUCCUGCACCCGCUACACCUCGCUCAGCAAACGCCGCUAUCGCCGCCAGGACAUCAGGCACGGCAACCCGGCCCUGCAGUGUAUGGACCAGAACCUCAGUGUGGAGGGCUUGGAUGUGACAGAGGAAAGGGUUGUGUACGGAGCAGAGAACAACAGCACCUUCCUGGAGUGUGUCCCCCGCUCCCCCCAGGCCACCGUCACGUGGCUGCUCCAACGGGACGACCGCAAGGAGGAGGUGAAGCUGGAUGAGCGGGUGAUGCGUACGGAGCAGGGUCUGCUGUUCCGCCGUGUGCUCCGUCAGGACGAGGGUGUGUACGUGUGUCGCUCUCGCGAGCACGGCUUCACCCAGACCCUCACCCGCCUCUCCCUGGAGGUCCUGCAGGGGGACACACUGAGCGAGCUGCUGGCCCGUGACGACGCCCCUCUCGACGGUCCCCAGGGGGCGAAGGGCUACCGGGCCUGGCCUCCCUGCCACGCUCACAGGAGCACCGGCCCCCUCAGCCAACAGCGCUCCUGGUUCAAGGACCUCAUGCAGCUGAUUGGCCCGUCCAACCUGCCGCACGUGGAGGAGUACUGCGAGAGGUUGUGGUGCAACGACAAGCUGCGGCGCAAACACAAGAGCAUGCUGGACAAGUACCGGCAGGCGCAGGACAGCGCACGCAAGGCCCGCAACAAGGGCUCCGGGGAACGCAACCGGACGCCGCGGGACGUCAGCAGCCGACGGCCGUAGAGGGGACGGAGGAACGGAGAGGGGGAGGAAAUAGAGGACUGGGAGAAGGACCACAUGACACGAUUAAUGAGAGACUGAGAGAGAAAAGGAAGAGGUGGUAGUUCCAUGUAUUGCAGGAAGAGAGACACUGCCAACAGACUGU